ACAUAAUCGCGACGAUGAAGAACAGCAAAGGAGCUCUCCUCGCGGCCAUGCUGUUGCUGGUGAUCUCUUCUGCUGCUGCUGGCAGAGAUGCUCCAGCAGCCAUCGCCAAGGAGAACCAUUUGGGCACCACGCUCGAGCAAAACGGCGGCUUCUCUGAAUCGAAGGGGAUCGCCGUCCGUGAACCGAUAUUCCGUCCGCCUAUGAACCCACCCUGUGCGUCCAAGGUCGCACGCACAAGCGGGGGCGCCAAGGAAGAGAGACUUUGUUAAGAGAGCAAGUGGAGACCAGUUAUUAAUCUGCAAACAUGCGAGCUGAUAUCUUAUAGUAUUAUUACAGUAUAAAUAAAGGAAGACGGGGGAAAUAUAUAGACAGAUAUAUGUACGUCUGUAUAUACACAGGCUCUGCAUUUCAACGCGUGGAAUGAUACAUC